CGUAUAGAGGCCUCUGGAGGCGGCAAGAAAAAGCUCAGCGCCUUCAACAAAUUCAUGCAGACCGAGAUGGCGCGUCUUAAGGAGGAGGAGCCCGACAUGCCUCAUCAGGAGCGCUUCAAACUAGCGACGACUAACUGGAACUCCAACAAAAAU